GCCAUCAACCGCAUCAGUCAGAAGAUAAAAGAAUACAGAGGCGGAGACUUCAAACAACAGGGAGAGAUAAUGGUAAUGGGGACAGAAGAAGAGAGACGUUUGGAGGAGCUUUUAUUAUCAGAGUCUUCAGAGUUUGAAGAAGAAUCGCAAGCAAGUGAAGAAGAAGACGAAGGCAUGGGCAGAGUAGAAGGAGAUAUACCUCAGGAUGAGAUUGAAGAAGAACCAGAAGAAGAGACGCCUGCAGCAUCAUAA